CUGAGAUUUCCAUGGAAUGGCCUUAUAGGAGCUAUAUUUACAAUAUUUGAAAUUUACCGGGAAAGAUGUUAAUAAAUAAGCGAAUGCUGAAUACAAAAUAUGAAAGGAAACCAAGUAAAUAAAUUGUAAGAGAUGGGGAAACCAGUAAUUUCCCUAAAGAAACCGUUCGGGGCUCGAUCUUCUCCCUUGCUCAUAUCUGUCAUCAAACUAACUAACCAAUUUCCCUUUUGUUUUGUAUCAUGCAAGAUACUCUAGUUUUAGAGAUUUAUUGUUAAGAGAAUGCAGAAUUGUCCAUUUUUAACUUCAAAUCACGACAAAACGAUAGGAAAACUGAUGAUAAAUUUGACUUGUAUAUGAGCAAUGGAAGGUAAUUAUCCACCUGGUUUCUACUGCACUGAAAGAGAUCAACAGGAAAACCGACAACAUCAACAACCUUCGCAACAACCACCGCCACCACACCAGCAACAUGUUGCACCCUACCCCAUGGACCUACCAUACCACACAACCUCACAGCAUCAGCCUGAGUUCUUAGUGGAUCAGCCUCUGAGACCAUUCCCUGCACAGCACCCUGGGGCAUCCAUACUGCGAUCUGUAUUUCAUGAAUCUACAGCAAUGCUUCCAAGCCCAAGUCUUGGGCAGCAAACUCGUCAGCAAUCACCCUUCACUGCCAGAGGUCACGGGGUCAAAUCUACAGCUCCGAGUCUCUCUGCAGAUUUUGCCCCACCCAUCACAACUCCUGAACCAGUCACAGAGAGCAAUGCAUCCCAGCCUCAAGGCGAGACAUCUGCACCACCUCCUCGUAAGAAAUCACAAUGUAAAGAACAAAGUCCUCCAGCCACAAACUCCUCAACCGUGGAUACGGCCCAGCUUCUUGUUGCUCUCAAUCUCAAAAAGAAUGCAAUCAUAUCCUCGAGUCAAGAACUUCCAAAGGGCCUCAUCUUCAAGGUGGCUUCGGAGGGCAAGGUGGAGGGAGUGGUUGCCAAGGAUACACAGGAGAAAGGGGUGGAGUUUGGACCAUACACAGGAACACUACUUGAUGAGGAGCAAGGAUGGUCCAAGGACACAUCAUGGGAGAUCUGUAAUCCAGGCGGAGUUUUCUUCUACAUCGACGGACGUAAAAACUGGAUGUCUCAUCUGAGAUGCGCAAGAAGUGAAGAGGAACAGAACAUGGAAGCAUAUCAGUAUUACGGCAAUAUCUACUUCCGAAGCACAAAAGUCAUUGAACCAGGAAGUGAACUAAAAGUGUUCUACAGCGAGGUAUACGGGAAGUAUGUUAGAACUCGUACAAGACUCGAGGAUCUCAAAUUUGACCAAGGUACUCAGAAGUUCCAAUGCAGCCAGUGUGAGGGUCUGUUCACAUCUGCCAAACUAAUCCUGAGACACAUCAGAUGUGAACACACCAGCCGUAUACCAGAUGAGAUGAUCCCUGUCCUGACAUACAAGAAGAAAAAGAAGAAACCGGCAGAAACUGAGUUGACCAUUAAACAGCAUGUCAGGAAAGAGAAACUAGACAGUGACAUGAAUGACAGUGACGACAAGAAAGAGUUGGUUUUCAAGUGUGGAACCUGUGGGAAGAUCUUUCCUUCCUGCGGUAGGCUGAAGGCACACGAGUUGUUCCAUGAAAACAGCCAAGAACAUGCUUGUCCUGUGUGUGCUGAAGGACAGGCGAAUGCAAAGACCCUUGCCAUUCACAUGAAAAAACAUGAACCCAAGUUCUACAGGUGUAAGAAAUGCAACCAAAAGUGCAAAACAAAGACUGCCCUCAAUAAACAUGAGAGGGAAGUCCAUGGGCAUCAAUGCAGGUUCUGUUCGGAACGGUUUUUUAAGAAGAGUGAAUGUAUGAAGCAUGAGCAGACACACCAAGCUUUCAAGUCUUUAAAGCCUGCUGCGAAGAAGCAUGAAUCACUGUCAAAGACUCAGGCGUCACCUCCAACGUUGAUCCACCAGCCUUCUGAACCAUCGCCCUCUGAGCCCAAAGACAUGCUUGGUAAGAGCACCAAUUACUACUUACAGCAACGACCCUUCAAGUGCCGCUUCUGCCCCAAGAGGUAUGUCUUACGUAAAAAGGUAAAUGAACAUGAGAAGGAGUGUCAUACAGGAGAAGCAGCUUUCAAGUGCACCCAUUGUCCUAAGAUCUUCACCAGUGAGGCAAGGAUGAUGGACCAUGUGAAAUGCCAUGAGCAGCACCGCAUGUAUCGCUGCACACUCUGUCCCAGAAGCUUUGCAUCGGAGAGCGCCCUGAACAACCAUCAAGGAGAACAUACCGGACUGAAACCAUUCAAAUGUGAAGUCUGUGGCAAAGGAUUCAGAGUUAAGAAAGCAGUUUAUGCUCAUCGGAGACGCAUGCAUCAGGAACGACCAAAACGUUUCUUUUGCUCUGUCUGCGAUAAAGGGUUCGCAGAUAAAGGAAAUCUUAUCAAACACGAGAGACGCCACAAGGGCAUCAGGCCUUACGUUUGCCUAGAAUGCGGGAAAGCGUUUACAGGAAAUUGCGCCCUCACAGCUCACAAGCAAGCAUUGCAUACUGCCGAGAAGGCCUUUUCUUGUGAGGUCUGUGGUAAAACCUUCUCUUUGAACCAGCAUUACACUUAUCACAUGUUCAAGCAUAGAGUACAAGGAGAUGCUAGUCUAUGUGAGAGUACAAAGCAAUGAAUGUAACCAACUCAAUACAGGUUCAGGAUUGUUUUAUAACACCUGUGAUACUAAUACCAACAUUUGUAUCGCUCCAACCUUCGGGUCUGCAUUAUAAAUGCAUCGGUUUGUGUUUAGAGAAUAUUGAUACAAGCAUAUCAUAAAAUAGCUCAGGGGUUUUAUGGAAGCUUGACUCACUACUUCAUUCAAUGUUUCAUCUUUGUAUUCAGAGUAUAACUCAAAAGUUAAACAUGAUUCAAUUGCAUAUCUUGCCAGUUUGUAUUAAAAAAAAUUAUAUCCAAAGUAUUUUUACUGCCUUUCUAAAAAUGUGGACAUCCAUAGUAUUAUAAAGCUGUACAUAUUCCUUUUCUCCUAAUACAAGAAUUAUGGAAUUUCAUGUACAUAUUGAAAGCUUUAUUUAUGUACACAUCAUGACAUUGAAAAUUGGCUCAUCAAGUUUGAAGGUAGAUAGAUAUAGCAGUAUUUGUAUCUACUAUCUAUAGUGUAGAUAGCAAUGAAAAAAUAGAAAACGUGACUCAUGAAAUAUUAAUACAGUUGUACAAGAGCAAUUAAGAGAAUUAAUCUAUACCCUGUAAUAAUAUCAUGGAGAAUUCAUUUAAUAAUAUUUUGUCUCAGAGACAUGUAGAUCAUUUUAUAUUGUGUGUGAUGUCACUAUACUCUCAAUGGUAUAAAUGAUAUCUCUGUAUAUUUUCUAAAUAUACGAUUUUGAAUUAAUGUGAAGAAAAAUAUUGAAACAUACGAAAAUGUCAUUACCUCA